AUGCGAUCGAACUGUCUGCCUUGCGCACUUUGUUUAAGUCUUGUGCCCUUGUUCUCGUGGCACGAUGCGCUUGGCCAAACUACAAGUCCUGCCACUUGUUUGGAAAAGACAGAGCUUGAAAUACAGAGAGCGCCAGACAGGAAAAACAUGAGGGUUACCACGAGUCAUCUUUACAAGCGCCAUUUGGCAAGAUAUUUCUGUCCAAUUGCUGCCAAUUGGACGGUGCUGGAAUUGGGGGUGUACCAUGGUCACACCACCUCUGUGUUAGCUGCUAUAUUUCGCAGAGUUUUCUCAGUGGACAUCAAAGAGGAAUUUUUGCAGGUGGCUGCUGCUCAUACCAAACAUCAUUCCAAUAUCGUUUUUUUGUCCGCCGAUUCCCUGUCCGAUUCGUGGGCUUCCUUCAGGAACAACCACGUUGAUGUUGUUGUGAUUGAUGCAGAUCACACAUACGACUAUGUACAUGCUGAUACCUUGAACUCUCUGCGGCAUUUGCAGCCACUGACCCACCUUGUAUUUGAUGACUUUAACAGUGAAGUUGGGGUGCAACGUGCGAUCGAAGAGUUUCAAUCCACCGGUGCUUUGGUGGAUUGCCAAGGCAUCGGCACCGGUUGGAAUGGAAGCGCGACCAAACUCAUCAGUUGGAAUGGACUCGAGGGCAUCCACAGCGAGGAGAAAACGGUGUGGACCACGAAGUCGGAAGGCAUGCUCUGCCGCAAAGGCGUGCCAGACGGCGUUCCGCGAGACUUGGCGCCGGUGUUUGUGGAUCGACGCUUCUUUCUGUACGAGUUGCCGCUGACCUUUCCAACGCCCGUGGGCGUGUUUCGCUUCCUGCCUCACGGGGGCCUAGUGGUCUCGAAGCGAGGCAAAGGCAAAUGGAAGAUGCUGGAUGACCAGAACUUGAAGCUUGAGAUUCCAGGUCUUUCUGAGCCGGAACUGCUCUUCAACUUGGACCGAACGGCAUUUGUCAUGUCCGAGGCUAAAGGUGCUAAGACCCGUUGGCUGAGACACCCAGCUGGACCCUGGGUGACGAUGAAUGUCAAUCUGGUGGACCUUGCGCGCUGGACGCCCUACAACGGCGAGGUGAUGGCUGCUCUCGUUCCUCAGAUUCAGAACCUGGUCUUUCAGGACAACGAGUUGAAUGUGGCCAAAGAGAUGAGAAAAGCAAUGAAGGGAACCUGUUUGACCUUGGAUGAGUAUCGAGCCAGUGACAGGCCCUUUAGCGAUCACUGGCAGUGUGGCUCUGAGGGCUUCAACAACUUUGGAGAUGCAGCUUACAUCCCCAGCGAGCGCGUCAUUGAUGGGCUCUCUCAGUUUGCAGGCCUUCCCCUGAAGACCCUCGCCAAGUUUCAUCUCCACUCCAACAAUGACAGCGAAGCAUUGUAUGGAAAGUGGUGCGGUAUGCCAGCGCCUCCUGAGUAUGAAGAUGCUCUUACGGGACGACCCGUGGGUGCACGUGCCUUUUGGGAGGAAUGCGUGAUGCGGAACGCGGGCUACUUCAAUGCUUUGAUUUGUGACACCAACGAUUCCUAUGCUGUUCUGGGAAUCGCUGCUUUGAAUCAUGGCGUUUGUUAUCCAGCUCAUGUGCACGACAACCAGGAAGCGUAUUGGCAGAUCCGUGGGCCUGGCUGGUGGAGGACUUGGCCGCAGAACUUCACCAAGGCGCCCAACGAGUGGCCUUGGUCGGAGAUUCGCAUGACAAAGCCUCAAGGGCCAUGGCAGCUUCACAAUCAUCCAGGCGGCUUGGUGCACGAAAUGGACACCACCUCUGAUGAUGACUUUCUGCUGACGGUCUACUGGUGGGGCAAACCCGUGGAUACCGAAGUGAACUACGCUUACAGCCACGCUGUUCAAGAGCAAGGUUCAUGCUUCCGACGCUAUCGGGCUGAGCACAACGAUGCAGCUCACAGCUGUCCAAAUAUGAUGCGACCUCCCUGGGCGGUCUUCAGGUCCGAGGUUUAA